UUUCUGAACGGAAGCAUUUAGUGGCUGGUAAACGUCAAUACAUACAUCAGCUAGAAUGCUAGUUUAGGUUUAGCUAACCUGUCUGUCUCACGAUUGCAUUGUCAUAUUCAGCCGUCUUUACUUUAACAUUUAGGGGUCGAGAUGGAGAACGAUCAACAGUCCAAAGAAAGCACGGAUCGGUCCGAACUGGUUUCUGAGGACGGCAAGAAUAGCAAGACUGUCGUCUGUCAGCGCUGCGGAUCCAAGGUGCUCUGCCCGGGGAUGGCCGUGUUUGCAGAGAAGGAGCUGUUCCUACCAUCCAUGCGGAAAAAGAGCGGCCUCAGCAGCUCCACAGAGGGCUCGGUGGAUGGGGACACUCUGACUGGCCACUGGUUUGUGGACGACAUGUACACUUUUGAGAAUGUGGGCUUCACUAAGGACGUGGGGAGGAUCAAGUAUCUCAUCUGUGCAGAUUGUGAGAUCGGACCAAUCGGCUGGCACUCUUUGGAUGACAAGAAAAGUUUCUAUGUUGCUUUGGAAAGGGUGAAUCAUGCAUAGUGUAAAUGCAUAUGUGAGUCCAUGUGAACUGAACAAAAUAAGUUGGCAGGCUAUGCAUCUUUUCAUGGAUUUACUCCCAAAGUUGACCCCAACAUAAUCCACACACUAACAUACAGUAAACUGUUAUGUGUACAUUGUUUAUGAUAACAAGACUGUGUCAUUCCCCUCCUUCACACUGACACCAGUAUGAUCAUCCUGUUCUAAUAAAGAUGUUUUUUGGAAG